AUAAACACUGUGAACACAAUUGUGAAGAAGAUGGAUCAGUCGGCAAUGAAAACGGAUGAAGACAUGUGUAUUCUUCAGUCGCCUCUGCAGACGAAUGAACACACGUUGACAAUUGGUGAGUGUUAUUCUGAUACUUGGAGAGAAGACCUGUCCCAAGCAUUAAAAAAAGGCAAGUGGGAGACUAUCGAAGGAAUGAUCCGCGAAAAUCCAAUUAGAGCAUUCAAAGCUAAGCUAAAUGAUAAUGGAGAUACACUGCUUCUCUCGGCCUUCAAUGAAGGAAAAAAGGAGUUAAUCGAGAGACUGGUGGGAAAGAUUAUUACACCAGAUUUAUUGGCUGAGACUGACUACUUUGGGAAUACAGCGCUUCACCUAGCAGCAAAUGUUGGAGUUGUUGAAGACGCCAAAAUACUAGUGAAAAAAUGUCCCGAAUUGCUGAAUUAUUCAAACGAUGAUGGACUUUUGCCAAUUCAAUUAGCUAUGAGGCGAGAACGAGGAAAUUCUCACAUCAUAACUUCUUACUUGUUACGACGCAUGAAAGAGGAAAGUCGUUCCAACCUACUCAAUGAAGCAGUAGGUGCUGGUGCUGGUGCAAGGGUUAUGCGUUCUUUAAUAGAAGCAAGAUUUUAUGAUUUGGCUCUUGAUUUACUUGAAUUCAACAAUAAAUUGGCAUGGGAAGAAGAGAAUAUCAGUCCUUUGAAGCUGAUGGCUAGUGAUCCGGGUGGUUUCAGAAGUGGAUAUCCCUUUACCGGUUGGCAGCACAUAAUCUACUCAAAUGUUUCAGCGAAUCAGAAUGGGAGGACAGAGCAUUCACAAGGUUGGUUUCCAGUGUACACGGCGAUCUGGAAUCAGCUUGCAAAAGUUCUAGUGCUAGACGAGGACAUUCCUGGACUAAAAUUGAGGCAUCAUCAAGCACUUCAACUAGUCAAAACCUUAUGCUCAAAUAUUAAAAAAAUGGAGAAAGCCCAAGAGAAACUUGGAGAGCCAUUACUUUUAGGGGCACAGUAUGGAAUAGAAGAGAUUGUCGGUGAAAUUCUAGAAUCUCUUCCUAGGGCAAUAACUUACGUAAAUGAAGAUAAGCAUUCAAUAUAUCAUGUUGCAGUAAUGUACCGUCGUGAAAACAUUUUGAGGAUGGCGCAUGAGAAGAAUAAGAACCGGAAUGCGACGUACUAUCUAAAUCCUGAUGUCAAUGAAGACAAUAUAUUGCAUUUGGUGGGAUAUAAACCACGUGAAGCUAGACUUGAUACUGGCUGCGAAGCUAUUUUUAAAAUGCAGAGUGAAUUUCAGUGGUUUAAGAAAGUGACCGACCUUGUGACGCUUCGAGAAUCUACUUCGAAGAAUAAAAAAGAAAUGAUACCAUUUGCCCUCUUCAGAAAAGAGCAUGCUGACAUGGAUGACAAAGAAAUAAAAUGGAUGUCAGCAUUGGCCUCUGCAAGCUCAGUUGCAGCAACACUCGUCGCCACAGUCGCAUUUUCUGCCAUAUUCCAAGUACCUGGAGGAAACGGUACCUGUGGCGUACCCAAUUUCUCCAAAACAAGUCCCUUCAGAGUCUUCGUCAUUUCAGAUGCUCUUGCACUUUUCUCUUCUAUCACUAGUGUUCUAACCUUCUUAUCCACUUUCAUCUCCCGCUAUGGAAUUCGUGAGUAUCUUCAUGCCUUGCCCCAAAGAGUGAUAAUCGGUCUAAUUUCGUUGUUCUUCUCUUUCCUAUUUUUAACGAUUGCCUUCAGCUCUGCAUUAUUUAUUGUAUUUUCUAAUGAAAGUGACCGGAUUCGCAUACCAAUAAUCGCACUCUCUUUCAUACCAGUGACCUUGUAUGCCAAACUUCAGCUUCCUUCCCUUUAUAAUAUGAUCAUAUCCACAUUUUAUCCAAGCUUUCUCCGUUGGUAGAUAUUUCAUUGCCAAGUAUAAUGAAAUUAAACUGAGGAUUUAGUAUUGUAAUUCGAGUGAAAAAUGUCGUUGAUUUUAUGUGCAUGUUUUAAUUUGGUUAUUCAGUUUGAUGAGUCUGUUUUAAGUCCAUGUUUUAAUUUGGUUGUCUAGUUUGAUGAGUCUGUUUGGAGAUUGAUUGAGUCUGUUGGAAAUAUAAGAAUGAAAACGUAUUUUAUAUUUAA